AUGCAUACAUACGCCCACGGAUACUAUUCAAGUUCGUCACGAAUUGCCCUUUUACACCUUAUUUGGAAUCAGCUCCAUUUUAAUUUUUCUUCGAAACACUCUCACGAAAUUGUCUAUUUUUCUCCUCCUACUAAGCCUCUCUUUACCUUCACAAUUUUAUUCUCCUCCUACUCUCCCUACCUUUCUCUAUCAUUUUUUUCGUGUCCUAUUAAUCUUUCCUUCUUGUAUCUUCUCUCUCAUUCUUUUUCUUUCUACCUAUUUCAUUGUGUCUCUCCCUCAGUUUCUUUCUUUCUAUCUAUCUAUCUAUCUAUCUAUCUAUCUAUCUAUCUAUCUAUCUAUCUAUCAUCAUCAUCUUCUUCUAAUUCUUCUUCUUCUUCUUUUUCUCCUCCUUCUUCUUCUUCUCUCGCUUUAUGUAUCCUAAAACACCGUUCUUCUUUGCAAUUUUUCUUCUUCUUCCCACUUCUGUUAUAUUGA